GGAAUUAUAGAAGUCAAGGGGCUGAUAUUUUUGGGCCGAGCUUCAGAUUUCUUCCCCAAGUUUAUCGAUCUCAAUUGCUGAUCUCCUUCCUCCUCCUCUGAUCUCAAUGGAUCCCCAAUUCCUCGGCGGCGGUAUCAGCAGCGGAGGCGGAGGUUGGAUGAUGAUGCCGACACCAAAUUCAUCAUCAUCCAUUAUGAGCCCUAAUCAGACUCACGAAUCUCAUCACUCUCUCAUCAAUCCCCAAUACCAACUUCAACAUCAUCAACAACACCAGCAGCAGCAGCAAUUUCAGCAGCAGCAGCAGCAAUUUCAGCAGCAACAACAGCAGCAGCAAUUUCAGCAGCAGCAGCAAUUUCAGCAGCCACAACAACAGCAGCAACAUCAGUCUCUGGCUUCUCAUUUCCAUCUUCUUCAUUUGGUGGAAAGUUUAGCAGAAAUAACUGAAACUGGAACUCGAGACCCGCAUUCAGAUGCACUGGUUACUGAAUUGACCAACCAUUUUGAAAAGUGUCAGCAGCUGCUGAACUCAAUAUCGGGAUCUCUUAGCACAAAAGCUAUGAACUUGAAUCAGCGUUUCUGUCAUAUGGAACACUAUCUUCAGGCACGGUUGAAGGACAAAAGCGUAAGCUGGAAGAGACUAAGCAACAGCUAAAUCAAAGGAGGUUUACAUUGCAUCAGUGAAACCGUUAGCUGACUUUUGCUAAAAAUGGGAAACUUUUUUGGACACUAAUUAUUUGCUUCUGCUCUGGCUGCUAAAAUCAUUGCAGGGAAUUGAUCUCCAAGUACAGAAGUAGCAUCGAAGAGCUAGUGACACCGGACAGCAACAGAUAGCCCAAUGGCUUUUGUUCUCAUUUCAGCAGGGGAGACAUAUAGACAGAAAUUUGCAGGAAUUUGUAGUUAGAAUAUUUCUGAUAUUAUGAUCGUUGUGAGGGCAGCGGAUGAAUCUAUGUUGAAUUCUGUUACAUGCAUAGUGCCAGCCUAAAUUCUUAGCUGAAUUACAUGACAAAUGUUUUUCUACGAUUUUCCCCCUUGUCGAAGCCUCUCGGCCUAAAUUUCUAAUGGGUUUCUUAUAUUAUAUGUGCAAAAUCCUUAUCUAUAAUGAUCUGAGAAUUUAUGCUUCCAGUUGAAGCAGAGGCUUUUUGUUA